UCGGGUCACCGAUAUUUUCGUCCCCUUUUAAUAGGAAAAAGCCCAAAAUUUUAGGGAAUUCUCCCCUUUCUUCAAUGGCAGCUUAUCGACUUGUAGUUGCCGUUUCAGUCUUGUGUUGCCUCCUUUUGCGGCUCUCAUUUUGUUCUGCUUCUAGAAUAAUUCUUCCUUCUGAUUCAGAUAAAGUCUCAUUGACUUUAUAUUACGAAUCCCUUUGCCCCUUCAGCGCCAAUUUCAUAGUCAAUUACCUGCCGAAGCUCUUCGAAGAUGAUCUCAUCUCCAUCGUCGAUCUCCGCCUCGUUCCUUGGGGAAACGCUAAACUCAAAGGCAACGAUACUUUUGAAUGCCAGCAUGGCCCUGCUGAAUGUUUGUUGAACACUGUGGAAGCUUGUGCACUUGAUGCCUGGCCUAAGCUGAAUGACAAUUUACCUUUUAUCUAUUGCGUUGAGGCUCUGGUAUUUGAGAGGAAGUACCUUGAAUGGGAAUCGUGCUUUGAGAAAUUGGGAUUGGAAGCAAAGCCCGUUAUUGAUUGCUACAUCAAUGGACUUGGGAAAAAACUUGAUCUACAAUAUGCUGCUGAAACUAAUGCCCUCGAGCCUCCACAUAAAUAUGUACCUUGGGUCGUUGUGGAUGGGCAGCCACUUUACGAGGACUAUGAAAACUAUUUAAGCUAUGUGUGCAAGGCUUAUAAGGGUGCUGCUGUGCCCAGGGCUUGUAGUGGACAAACCUUCAAUCAAAUCCAAGAAAAAGAAACUAUCCAUCCAGUUUGUUAUAGGGAGAUACCAGCAUCAACAUUAUCAUCAAGAAUCAUAUCAACUAUUAUUCCAUGGAUACAGAAGAUGGCAACUUCUAUGCAGGUGUUUCAAUUUUAAGAAUGCAUAAAGGUCCUUAUUAAUAUAUCUGUAUAUCUAUCUAUGGACUGAAGUUCAUGUAAGUUGUGCUUAACUGAUAAGCACCGUUAAGUGUAUCUAUAAUUAUAUAUAUAUAUAUACACACACUGUUAAGCACCGGGACUGAAGUUUAUGUAAGUUGUGCUUAACUUAGUGUUUGAAUCAGAAUGUAGGACUUGAUAAAUUGCUAAUAUAUAAUGAAAAAUCUCAUGAAAAUUAUGUUUGCUUUCAA